CAGGGAGCGGGAAGGCGGCGGCGGCGGCGGCGGCUCCGGCUCCUCCUCCUCCUCCAGCGGCCCCGGGAUGAAUAGCGGCUUCGGGCUGGGCCUGGGCUUCGGCCUGACGCCCACGGCGGUGAUCCAGGUGACCAACCUGUCCGCGGCGGUGACCAGCGACCAGAUGCGGACCCUCUUCACCUUCCUGGGAGACAUCGAAGAGCUGCGGCUCUACCCCCCGGACAACGCGCCUCUUGCUUUUUCCUCCAAAGUAUGUUAUGUUAAGUUUCGCGACCCAUCGAGUGUUGGUGUGGCCCAGCAUCUAACUAAUACGGUUUUUAUUGACAGAGCUCUGAUAGUUGUGCCCUGUGCAGAAGGGAAGAUCCCCGAGGAGUCCAAGGCCCUGUCCCUGCUGGCUCCCGCCCCCACCGUGACCAGCCUGAUGCCCGGGGCCGGGCUGCUUCCCAUCCCGACGCCGAACCCCCUGACGACGCUCAGCGUCUCGCUGAGCAGCUUGGGAGCCAUCCCGGCGGCGGCGGCCGCGGCGGCGGCGGCGGCCGCGGCCUCGUUGGAUCCCAACAUCGCCAACCUUGGAGAGAUCCCCCAGCCGCCGCUGAUGGGGAACGUGGACCCUUCCAAAAUCGACGAGAUCAGGAGGACCGUCUACGUUGGCAACCUGAAUUCCCAGACGACCACGGCCGAUCAGCUGCUCGAGUUCUUUAAGCAAGUGGGAGAGGUGAAGUUCGUGCGGAUGGCCGGGGACGAGACCCAGCCGACCCGCUUUGCGUUUGUGGAGUUUGCCGACCAGAACUCCGUGCCCCGAGCCCUGGCCUUCAACGGCGUCAUGUUCGGAGACCGGCCGCUCAAAAUCAACCACUCCAACAACGCCAUCGUCAAGCCCCCGGAGCUGACGCCACAGGCGGCCGCCAAGGAGCUGGAGGAGGUGAUGAAGAGAGUGCGCGAGGCCCAAUCCUUCAUCUCCGCAGCCAUCGAGCCAGAGUCCGGGAAGAACAGCGAGAGGAAAGGCGGCCGAUCUCGCUCGCACACGCGUUCCAAAUCCCGCUCUAGCUCCAAGUCCCGGGCACGGAGGAAAAGAUCCCACUCCACCCGCAGGAGCAGCUCCCACACACGGUCCCACUCCCGACAGAAGGAUCGACGGCGGUCCAAGAGCCCCCCCAAGAAGCGCUCCAAAUCCAACGAGAGGCGGCGGUCGCGGUCUCGCUCUCGGUCCCGGGACAAGAAAAAAGACAAAGAAAAUCGUGACAAGAUCAAGGAAAAAGAAAAGGUGAAAGAAAAAGAUCGGGACAAGGAGAAGGAGCGAGAAAGGGAUAAGGAACGAGACAGGGACAAGGAGAAGGAGCGAGAAAGGGACAAGGAGAAGGAGCGGGAUAGAGACAAGGAGAAGGAGCGAGAAAGGGACAAGGAGAAGGAGCGAGAUAGGGACAAGGAGAAGGAAGAGCAGGAAAAGGAGCGUGACAAAGAGAAGGACAAGGAGCUCGACAAAGAGAAGGAAAGAGAAAAGGAAAAAUCGAGAGAGCGAGACGACAAGAGAAAGAAGGAGAAGAAGUCGCGGACGCCUCCCAAAAGCCACAACGCCGCGCGGCGAUCCCGGAGUGCCAGCAGAGAACGGCGGCGGAGGAAGAGCAGGAGCGCCUCCAGGUCCCCUAAGGCAUCCAAAACUGUAAGGAGGAAGUCUUCCAGAUCGCCGUCUCCACGCAGAAACAAAAAGGAAAAAAAGAGGGAGAAAGAAAAGGACCAAAGCAGCGACCGGAGAGAGCGGGACGGCUCGGCGGCGUCGAAGAAGAAGAGCGGCAGAGAGAAGGAGCGGAAAGAGAAGGCGGAGAAGAGCACGGCCCCGCUCAAGGAGCGAGACCACAGCAAGGAGCCGCCGCCCCCGCCUCCCCCGCCUCCGGCCGUGGGCACAGAAGCCGACCGCCCCCAGACCCCCGGGCCCGACGAGGUCCAGACGCAGCAGCAGAACGGCAACUGCCAGUCCAGCCAAGAGAGCCCAUCGGGGACCACGAACGCUGUAUAGGGCCGGCUCCCGGCCGCACCCCGAACUGAACCGGGGAGGGACGGGGGGGGGAGGGACCGCGGGGAGGGGCGGCCAGAGCCUUCUGCUCUCCGCGAGAGAUGCGGCCGAGAGCGGGGGCGCCGGCCGGCGGGCCCGACCGCAGCCGGUUCCCCGGCGGCUGACCGGCCUCGGCCCCCAACCGCUGCCCACCCAGCCGGAGACACACAGAGAGAGAGAGCACACGACGGAGGCUAGCACAGGACCGCUGGUGGGCGGGUUUUGUAUGGUUUUCCUUUUUUUAACUGGUGUAUAUCGUUGGAUGAUGUGCUCGAAAUACACAACGCCGUCCGUUGUCCGUGACAAGUGCGUAAACCACCCUCCCCCCCGCUCCUCUUCCCCCCUCCCUCCCCCGUCCCUUCAGCGUUGCAGCCAGCGUGCCCCGUGCGUCCACGCCGCCACAGACGGCCCGCUUCCGGAAAAGGCGCCCCGUCGGAUCCUCGGCCCCGGAGUUGUGCCGCUCCGCCCCGAACCAGGGCAGCGGCCGUGAUGAACGGAGACGCAGACAAAGAUACGGUUCGAGUCGGGGGCGGGGGGAUCGUUCCCGCCUCCCGUUCCACCCCACCCCCGGUCCUAGAAGGGGCGGGCGAAGGACCGGUCUUUGAUUUAAGUGAAGGCAGAGGAUACGGAGCCCCUGCUCGGUACAUCUGGGGCAGCAGAAACCGGAGCCGCGGGGCAGUUCGAAGGGUCCAAACCGGUCAUUCCCGAAGGGGCAAAAGAUCACCGAGGAAGGGGACGAGGAAGGGGACGGCACGGCAGGGGCAAAGCUGGCCUGGUCGCAGCUGUUCUCGGUGUCCGAUCUUCCUGGAAGAUCAGGCCUGCCCCUGAAAUUGAGCUCAGUUCUAAUUCGAGGGCCCUUUGUCCUUAAUACGAUUUAAAUGCAGUCAAACUACUCAGUUGCCUUACCUCCGGAGAAGAUUUCCCUCUAGGAGUCGGAAGGGCCGGGGGAGCGGGGCGGGAAGGCGGAGGGGGGUGUCUCCGGGGUGACGAGGGCCCGCCGUCCGAGGGCCGGUUCGCCGCACGGGCCGGGGACGUGGAGGCCGCCGGCCGGGCCCUCGUAAACGCUUUACCGUGUAAAGCAGAGGCGGUCGGUCGGCUCCGGCGUGUUCCGUCUGGCGACGGCGUAAGGGAGCGUGGCCGACGCCGUCUGGAGUCUGGAAGCAGCCCUGCCUCACCGGAGGCUGCUGGAAUCCUUGUUAUUUUUAGUAUCGUUUCCCCAAUAAAGUUGGAAUAUUUUAGA